GUUUAAAAUUAAUUCAUUAAAUAUUGAAUUAAUCCGUCUAAUAUUUUUACAAAUAUGCUUGGUCAGUAAAUUUCAUCAGUUUUUCCGCUGUUUAAAGGGACUUAUGUACCCUACAGUGUCAUAUUUCGCUUUUCACUUGCAGACAUUUUGGGGUAUAAGUAUCAGUUUUGUUUGGGGACCUGUUGGUGAUGGAUUCGGAUUUGUUGAGUCACUGUCAGAAAGUCAAGUUACAGCUGCUUGAUGCCUUGUUGAAAAAGGAAAAACAAUUGUGGAUUUCUGGGGCAUACGAUUCCAGCAAUAAUAAUCUAGGCCAGCAACAUGGGAUCAGCAGUGUGGACAGGCGUAUUGUCGUCUGGUGGAUGAUGAGGACGAGUCGUUUGCUGAGGUUUUCAAGGGAGACUAUGUUUCUUUCCAUUGCAAUAUUUGAUAAGUUCCUUAGAUUGGUCAAGGUUCAGCCAAAGUAUCUGAAGUGUAUAGGUUUGACUUGUUUAUAUCUGGCCUCCAAAGUCAUUGAAGAAGAUGAUGUAAUACCAAGUACGAGGGAGUUGAUUAGAUUGUCUGGUUGUACGUACUCCCCUAGAGAGGUGUGUCGCAUGGAGCUCUGCAUACUAGAUAAUCUUCAAUGGAAUGUUAAUCUGGUUACAUCCAUUAAUGUUCUUCAUUUGCUUUACAGUCUCUUCCUAAGUCAUUGCAAAGCUGACAGAAUUUUUGAGAAUCAGCAGCACAUCCAUUAUCUUUACAUCAUGACGAAAUUGUUGAAAGACAGCUUGCUGCAUCACCAACUCCUUGUUUACCCACCAUCAGUCCUUGCUCUCUCUGUGCUCACUCUGCAGUUGAGUGUUGUGUGGCCGUAUUGGAAGGCUGCCAAAGAUGAACUCAUAAGUCUGAUGAGGAUGGAUGAAAAGCAAGUGAACGACUGCUGUCAAACCGUCAUCUCCCUCAUGUCAGAUAUCCUGCAUUCCUCUGUCAAGUCAACUCGACGUCCCAGGUCUGCCAGAAAAUUGCUGAAACGAAAAAGUGAGGAUGACGAAGAUCUGACAGAGGGAAUCAAGAAGUUGUACACUGAAGAUGAUGACUACGACAAAGCUGGUGGUGGCAAAACUAGCUUCCAAUUUACUUCUGGUAAUGCUUUGAUGUUAUCAAACCCUUCGUCGAUUUCAUCAUCUUCAUUUUCCGGGAUUGUUGCUGCUAAGGUUAAGUGUGGAUGUGAAGUCAGUUGGUUUGAUCCUAGACAUUUCAGCAUGAAAUCUGGAAAAGCUACUUAAUUGCUGGCAUGCCCAUGUGCUGCUUCUAUGUGGAAUGAUGAUGAAGAAAGAAAAAGUUGUUAGGCUUGCACUUACUUGUCUUGUUCUUUGUGGUCCUUGAAAGUUGUUUGGGGUUAUUUUACAUUAUCUAGAGUGUGUUGGGGGUGGAUAUAUCAGAGGCGCUGAAUAGCCAAUAUGUCAACAAAAAUAUCAAAGUUUCAUCUUUAAUGAUUUAAUAUUUUGCAGAUUUAAUGCAAAACUCAAAUAAUUGUUAUAAUUUUGUUAUCAAGUCUCAAAAAGUCAGUCAGUUGUUUAUUAACUCCCUUCCUUGCACAUGUUUAUUUUUGCAAAUUUGUUGAAAAUUAUAUUGUUGAUAUAUUUUUUAAUAGCGAUUUGUACGUGGUGUUGAUCAUGAUUAUGGUAUGGCAAGUUGGUAUUUAGAUAGUCAUGUAGAGUGCUAAAAAUGUAUUUUAUACAAAUGUUUGUGUGCAUGUGUGCAUAGGAACAUAUCUUAUAUCGUCGUAAGUACAAAAAAAACAUUAAAAAUAAUAUAAAUAACCAAAUAAGAAAAGAUUUGUUGUAUUUUGUUUUUGUUAUAUUCUGUAUUUUCAAGUUGUAUAUAAGGCUAUUUUUUUCAAUAUUGUUCAAUUUUAUUGUUGUCUUAUUGGUUGCAUAAUGAAAAACAAUUUUAUAACAAAAAAAGUUGAAACAUUUUUGUUAGAAUUCAUAAAUUGUAUGUAAAACGUUCAAAAAAAAUUAUAAAAAAAUUAAUAAACUACGGAUUAAAAAAAAUUUUUUUAUGAGAAUAUUUCCAUCGUUAAAUGGUGUUUUUCGAGCUUUGUUGUUUUCAAUUAUUUUGUUAAAUAUUAGCUGAUAUCUACUAUAUUUUCGAUUAUUGGUUUUAAUUGAACAACUGGCGGAAACAGUUUCGUCAUUUUCUUUCUCCUGUUUCUUUCAAUGAUGCUGUCAUAGUUAACUGUGCACACAUGUAAUAUUACAGGCGUAUGUAUAUAUAUACUAUAUUUGGCUAACUGGUGAAUGCUUGUUAACGUUUUUUUGUGAAAAGUGAAAUGAUGUUC